GGGACACACUUUCCCUUCUGUAACCCUAGGGCCUGCAGGAUUCCUAGGAAAGCCUUGGUAGACUGCAGAGAACAGGAAGUGGGGUGCUGAGGGAGCGGAAGAGCCUGAGCCCGGAGCGAAAGUGAAAGCCCCGGACCCUGGGCCUGGGGGCGGAGAUUUCCUCCCCUGUGGGCCACAGGCAGGCAGCAGCUCUGGGACUGCGGCUGAGCAGCCGGUGCAGGAGGACACAGGGCCGGGAAAGGCGUGGCAGGUCUCAACGCUGUCCUGCUCCUCUGAGGCAUGGAUUUCAGCACGUUACUUUACAAUAUUGGGGAACAGCUGGACAGUGAGGAGCUGGCCUCCCUCAAGUUCCUGAGCCAGGACCACAUCCCACAGCGCAAGCAGGAGCCCAUCUUGGACCCCUGCAUGUUGUUCCAGAGGCUGCAGGAGAAGCGGCUGCUGGAGGAAGGCAAUCUGGCCUUCCUGAAGGAGCUGCUCUUCCAAAUCAACAGGCUGGACCUGCUGGGCACUUACAUGAGCACCAGCAGGGAGGACAUGGAGGGGCUGCACCCGGGCGUGGCCCAGAUCUCGCCCUACAGGGUCCUGCUCCUUCGGAUUGCAGAAGAUGUAACCAAGACUGAGUUGGGGGAUUUUAAAUUUCUGUUAAAAAAGAAGAUCUCCAAGUCUAAGCUGGAAGACAGCAUGAGCUUGCUGGAUAUCUUCAUAGAGAUGGAGAAGAGGACCAUCCUUGGGAAGGACCACUUGGACGUCCUGAAAGAGAUCUGUGGACAGGUCAACAGGAGCCUGCUGACGAAGAUCAGGGAGUACGAGAAGCUACAUGGAGAGAGAAGAAUGAGGCUUGGACAAAAUCCAGAUGAGUUUUUAAAGGAGGAGUCGCCCCUUGAGAUGCAGGACACGACAGGCUUUCCAGAAGGGCAGGAUGGCCAGUUGCAGACAUCAGACAAAGCUUACCAAAUGAAAAGCAAGCCUCGGGGGUACUGUCUGAUCUUCAAUAAUUAUGAUUUUAGUGAAGCACGAAAGAAUAUACCCAAAUUUGACAAGCUAAAGGACAGGAAAGGAACAGAGGUCGAUGCAGAGACUUUGGAUGGAACUUUCACGGACCUUCAUUUCGAGACGGUGCCUUACUGGAAUCUCACAGCACAGGAGAUCUGCAACAAGCUGCAGUACUACCAACGUGCAGACCACAGCAAGAGGGACUGCUUCAUCUGCUGUGUCCUUUCCCAUGGGGGCAGGGGCGUCAUCUAUGGCACAGAUGGGCAGGAGGUGCCCAUCUCUGAGCUGACCUCUUACUUCACUGGUUCCAAGUGCCCUUCCCUUGCUGGAAAACCUAAAGUGUUUUUCAUUCAGGCUUGUCAAGGGGAGAACUACCAGAAAGCUAUACCUGUGGAGACUGACUCAGAUGAGAGCAAAUCCUAUCUAGAAGAGGAUGUUUCUUGUGCAGCAGCAACCAUCCCGGAUGAGGGUGACUUCCUGCUGGGGAUGGCCACUGUGGACAGCUAUGUUUCCUACCGAGACUCCAGCAAGGGAAGCUGGUAUAUCCAGACUCUGUGUGAGAGCCUGCGAAGGAGGUGCCCUCACGGUGAUGACAUUCUCACCAUCCUGACGGAAGUGAACUUCAAUGUGGGCAGAAAGAUUGACCAGAGGAACAUGGGAAAACAGAUGCCCCAGCCUAUCUUCUCACUAAGGAAAAAGCUGUUCUUCCCCACUGACUGACGCCAUGGACUAGCUGCCGAACACUAGGCUCCACUGAGGACCAAGUCCGUGCUGUGUGCGCUGUCACUGAUGUGCGAGAGGAGGAUGGCAGUCUCGAGCUUUGAUGAGGUGAAGACUCAGACAGCACGCCAACUCCUCCAGAACACUACUUUUUCUCUGCUUUGCUGGGCGUUGAACCAGAGCCUCCCGCAUGCCAAGUGAACCCCACUACACUGCUGUUAUGUAAUUUGGAAGUGUGGAGCUCAAAGGCAUUGAUUCUUUUCAUAAAAGCUUUAAAAUCCCAAGCUGUUUCCUAGAUAACACUGUCUCAGCCUGCUGCUCUGCAGCUGCAGGGCUGGUUUUGCUGCUCCUGGGUGAACUUUUGUUUGCUUUCUAUCCGAGCCUCCCACAGGCUUCUGCUAAGAGCUUUUCAGACAAAUAGAAUAAAACUGCAUUUUCCUGUUUCUCAGAGAUUCUU